AUGUUAGUGUUCAAUUUCAUUACUGCAGACAUUUUGGAAACCAGUGUAGGCGGUCAUGUCUAUACAUUCCCAAAAUGGUCUUUAACGACUAGUUGGUUUGUCCUUGCUGCCGGCCUUCUACCAAUACCGAUAAACAUGAUAUGCCAAUACUGGUUUGUGCGGAAACGUGCGAACACGUUUUAUCUGCGAAUUGCAUUGCUUAUCACACCUCCAGAAGAACAAGAAGAAGUCCUGAAAGAAGGAGUAUGUCCUCGAUUAAAAUGGAGGCAUUGGUUGAAAAUAUAG